CGUACUUCCGGUUCCCCUUGCAGACAACACGUGUAGGGUGUACAUUUUCGAGCAGACAGCAGUGACAGCGGCCAAACUUCAACUUUCAGACACCUUCGCGUGUUGUUAUACGUUUUUUUGUUUGUGGAAGGCUUUGCCGACUGAGCGAUCAACAUGGUGAAGCCUCGGUUUAAGGGGAAGAGCUCGAUAAACCCCUCGUCUUCCAGCAGCAAUCCCGAUCGACCCAAGGGUGCUGGCGGGAGCAACAUGAGGGACCGAGCCACGAUUAACCGUCUGAAUAUGUACAGACAAAAGCAGAGAUGUAAUAACCGUGGAAAAGUCAUCAAGCCCUUACAAUACCAGUCCACAGUCGCUCCGGGGACUGUAGCCAGAGUUGAACCUAACAUCAAAUGGUUUACAAAUACCCGUGUGAUCAAGCAGUCGUCCCUCCAAAAGUUCCAGGAAGAGAUGGGAGCAGUACAGAAGGACCCAUAUCGUGUGGUGAUGAAACAAAGCAAACUGCCCAUGUCCCUCUUGAAUGAUCGAGUAAAAGCCCAUAACUCAAAGGUACACAUUCUAGACACAGAGGGUUUUGAGACCACAUUUGGACCCAAGGCCCAAAGGAAGAGGCCCAAUCUGUUUGUGGGGGAUGUAAAGGACCUUGUAGAUCAAGCUGAGGCCUCAGCCCUGAGCUACAGUGCAGAAAAGGACAAAAACCUGGUUACAGAGGACUCAGGGGUCCGAGAGGAAGUACGUGAGGAGAUUUUCAAGAAGGGUCAGUCCAAGAGGAUCUGGGGAGAACUGUACAAGGUGAUUGACUCAUCUGAUGUCAUUAUCCAAGUGCUGGAUGCCCGUGACCCCAUGGGAACACGGUCCAAGAGCAUAGAGACAUACCUGAAGAAAGAGAAAUCCUGGAAACAUCUGAUCUUUGUUCUAAACAAGUGUGACCUCAUCCCCACCUGGGUCACGAAACGGUGGGUUGCUAUUUUGUCCCAAGAAUACCCGACUCUGGCUUUCCAUGCCAGCCUCACCAACUCGUUUGGUAAAGGUUCUCUCAUCCAGCUGCUCAGGCAGUUUGGCAAGCUGCACACGGACAAGAAACAGAUAAGUGUUGGUUUCAUUGGCUAUCCAAAUGUGGGAAAGAGCUCAGUGAUCAACACGCUGCGGUCCAAAAAGGUCUGCAACGUGGCACCUCUCGCUGGAGAAACGAAGGUAUGGCAGUACAUUACUUUGAUGAGACGCAUCUUCCUCAUUGACUGCCCUGGUGUUGUCUACCCUUCAGAAGACAGUGAAAGUGACAUUGUCUUGAAAGGGGUGGUUCAAGUGGAGAAGAUCAAGAACCCAGAGGAGCACAUAGGGGCAGUACUGGAGCGAGCCAAGCCAGAAUACAUCCAGAAGACCUAUCGCAUCCCUACAUGGAAAUCUGCUGAAGACUUCCUCGAGAAGCUGGCGUUUCGCACUGGGAAACUUCUAAAGGGAGGUGAGCCAGAUAUCUCCACAGUCUCCAAGAUGGUGUUGAAUGAUUGGCAGAGAGGACGUAUCCCCUUCUUUGUGAAACCCCCUGGACCUGAGGGAGAUCACGAGGAUGACAAUACGCUGGCAGUUGGAACAACAGAGGUAGAGGAAAACGUGCAGGAGGAACAGCCAGACAAUCCAGACAACACCUCAGAGGAACAGCAGCAGAAACAGAAGGAGCAGGUCCAGAAGAUUCUGGCCAAUGUCCGACAAAACUUUGGCAAAAUCAAUGUGGCACCUGAGUUCUGCGAAGAAGACUUAGUCCCCGUGGAAAUGCCUGACCUGGACAUGUCAGACUUUUCUGGUUCAGAAGGCGAGGAAGACGGUGAAGAGGACGAGGGUGAAGAGGAGGAUGGGACCAGUGCCGAGCCAGCAAAUGAGGAGAGUGAGGCCACUGAGCCCACAACUUCUGAGACUGACCGGACAAAUUGCAAGAAGAGUUCACGGGCAGUCAUACGUGAGCUGGACGAGAAGAUCUCUAAGUAUAAGCAGUUCCUGGACAAAGCCAAGUCCAAGCGCUUCUCUGCAAUCCGGAUACCAAAGGCACUUUCUGAAAAAGUGUUCACCGACAUCAAGACUAAACAAGCAGCAGCAGCAGUAGCUCAGGAAGCACAGAAGAAAGCUGCAAAUCAGAGGAGCAAAAAGAGGAAAGCCGACAACGGUGAUGAGUCCACCCGGUCACAGUUGACAUCUAAACAGAGAAGAGCAUUGGACCGUGCUAACAAGGUGAAGAAAGUUGGCGUACGCUAUUAUGAGACGCACAAUGUGAAGAACAAGAACAAGAACAGAAAGGCACCAGCCCCAGAAGGCCAUAAAGCCAAAAGGUCAAAGCACUAGACUGGAGAUGAAUAAAUAAAUCAAAAAAACACAACAUAUGCAAAGAAUCUAUAUUUAAAUUGGCCAAAAAGGCUGUGAUUUAUUGAAAUGACAAGUUGACAGAAAGUGGGAAGCUUAAUAAUAAGUGUUUUUUAUCAAGUGAUGCCUUAUCUUGAUGUUGACGGUCCUGCAACAAAAUGUGUUUUCACUUUUCAAAUUUCUCAACUCUUUGUUUACCCCAGAUCUGCUUUUGAAUGACAUUUCAUUCACCUUCUACAAGUGUAUUGCUCUCUUGAUGUUCAAGAGAAAUGUACAGUAACAGUUUGAAGUACAACUGUCAUGCCAUGCUCUUCAUAAAAAUAAAAUAUAUACACUGGG